ACCACGGCAUAUGAAUACCUAGUUCCUUGCAGAUCUAAUCUGGUAGAAGGCUUUUCUUCUAGAAGUCUUCCAUGAGGCUACAGGACAUCUCCUGUUGAUCUUACCUUGUCACCGACAAUGUCGGGAUCCCGCCAAAAUGGCCUCCCGCACCUUCGACCAGUUCUUUGACCUCCCCGUCGAGAUCCGGGACCAAAUCAUAUCCUACCUCUGCGUACUCCCAAAUCCAAUCCAGAUAGGUCCCACAGAAUUCUCCGAGAUCCCCUUCCCGCACGACCUGCUCCUCGCCCACCCGCUCCUCUACGCCGCCGGCUCCGCCCUCUUCUACGAACAGAACCGCUUCGUCCUCAACCUCCAAACAGGGCCCCGCGCCGCCGUCGAGCGCGCCAUCUGCGACGGCGGCAGCCCCUGGCUUCUCGGUAACCCACAGGCCCGCCGCCGCGUGAAGCACCUCGAGCUCUCGCCGGGCCGCCUGGGCAACGUCUUCCAGACCCACGUCUCCCCGGCCGUGGCCGACAUGAUCCUGAACGGCUCCCUGCGGCACCUCAGGCUCGUGCUGUAUCCGACGAGCGCUGACAAGAUUGUCUUUAACCAGAGUGCCGCCGACGCGCAGUCGCGGAGGGCCGCGAUCACGCGGCGUGACGACGCUUUUGCUCACUCCAGGCCGUUUCAGGCUCUGUUGCGGCUGCUGGCUGAUCCGGACUUGGAGACGGCUGAUCUCUACGUUGACCCUAUUCAUCGCGACUUCUGGUGUGAAUUCCACGAGGGUGUGGCCUGCUGCAAGGGACAGCGGAAGGGGCCGUGGCAGCUGAUUCCGAUUGACUGGAGGAGACUUGCCGCUAGCUACGGCCAGGAUCACGAGCUCAGUAUCGUUCGGGUGGUGGUCUGAUUGCUCAGUGGCUGUUUCGGGAAUCCUAUCCUCAAGAUUUGGAAGGGUACGGCGGCUACGAGCGUAUGUAGUCACUUGGUUGCCUUGGUUUCGUGCCUUCAAGACGCGAGCCUUAUUCGUCUGCUCUUUGAAUUGUCAACAAGAACAAAACUCG